GCCGCCCGCGCCCGCGCGCCACCACCCGCUUCUCCUCGCCUCCUGGAGGACGUCCGCCGCUCUUCCUCCGCCCGUCCCGGAGGCCUCGGUCGGUGCCCUCCUCCGCAGGGCUGCCGCGCUCGUCCAGCCCUCGGCGCCCGCGUCCGAGCGAGAGGAGCUCGCUGCUCAAGCAUGCACAAGAGCCAUGGCGCCCUCCUAAGCUCCUCCGUCUUCAUCGAAGCACCACAGGACCAAUAGCUCCACCGCGCGUGCCCGCCGGCGGCAAGAGUCCCAGGCCAGUGAGCUAAGUCUCUCCCUUGCCUUCUUGUUUUCCCGUGCUCCCUUUCUUCCCUUCCCUCGCUAACCUCCCGCUCUCUGUGUCCUUUCCUCGUUAUGACAGCCAACGCCAUGGAUGGACUCUGUCCAGGAUCUCGCCGCUCAUACCCGCUUCCUCUGGCCACCGAAGCCUCUGACCAGCCUCGUCGUGUGGACCUCCUCCCCCACCUGGCAGAUCCGGCCUCUCCUGCCCGUUGACCGCACCGCCGGAGCCCUGCAUCGCCCCUCACUGCCGUGAUAUUCCCCUCCCUCAUGCAACUGGAGCACGGGAUGAGCGACUCCGACGACCGGAGGCAGAGGGCGGCGUGCGCGGAGAGGUACAGGAGGAGAGACGAGCCAGAGGACAGCAAGAGGCCCGUCUCCGAGAUGGACGCCGAGAUAGAGGAGGAGUGCGGGAUCUGCAUGGAGCUCAACAGCAGGGUCAUGCUGCGCAACUGCAUCCACGACAUGUGCAUCAAGUGCUAUCAUCAAUGUCAAUGCCUCCAAUGUGGUCGACAGCGAGUGCAUCGGGGAUUCGGGGUCGUCUUCGAGAAGGAUAAGACCAGGGCCUCCAAUGGAUCAUUCAGUGCUCCACUUCUCCUCUUCUUCCUAACCAUUUCCUGUCUUCCUGCCGUCACAUGCAAUGGCUACUUGUCACCUCCUUCUUAAUUAGUACACAUGGAGCUUAAACCAAUUGUAUCUGGAAUUCAGUUGUAAGAAAGUGUCUAAUCUGAAACAAGGCAUGGGUGGGAAUUUGUUUGGUCUAGAGUACACUGCAAUAUGUUU